AUGCUGACCGCCCCGGAGCUAGAAUCCAUCUCCAAAUCCUUUCACGAGUCCCUCGACUCUCGCCUCUGGGGCCUGGGCCCCGCCUCUAUCAGCUUGCGCUGGUUCUCCUUCGCCGUCAAGGCGAUCGCCUUUGCCCACUCCGCGGCGAGGUCCUUGAUCUACCAGGUGGGACUGGACGACGGCGACAGCCUCUCGUCGUGGUACUCGGGCGACAGCCUGAAGGUCCUGGACAUCUGCAGCUGCAUCUCCGCCGAGGUCGAGCGGCUGUGUCUUUGCCCCCCGAAACUGAGGAACGCCAUCAAGCUCCUCCUCCGCCUGGACGGUAACCCUUCGGAGGAGGAGAUUCACCAGGCGAGGGAUUUGCUCGCAAGUUGGGCGGGCGAGGGUGGUGAUGGGCGUGCGACGUCCGCGGGCGACGUCGAGGGGCUGAUCAGAGACUUGGCUGCGAGCAAGGGAAUGUCGGAGCCACAGGGGAAGAUCUCGCCGGCUGCGAGAGUUGUUGGCCGUGCGAUCCAUGCUGUCAGCUUCGUGACGGCAUUCCUCGCCGGAGUCAUAACUUCGGCCCUGCGCUCCUCGUCAAGGGAAAUCGUCAACAUGCCUGUCCCAGAGGACUUUCCCUGGAGCGACGCUGUCCUCGCGAUCCAGGCAGCAGUGGGCGUGGAUUCGGAUUUCAGCUACGGAACAGGCAUGCUGGCACAGAUCCUAAAGGAGAUCCACGACUUGGAGGGAAGAGUGAGGGAGCUUUACGACGUGGAGGUGAGGGUGUGGAGCGCGCUCGAGACCAUCGAAGAUGUGGCGGCGUUCGGAGGCGGCGGAGAGAUUGCGGGGAGUCUGAGGGAGGCUGCGAUCGAGCUGGACAAGGCAACCGAGGCGAUGUCCGAGUGGUUGUAUCGGCUAACGGAGGGGGUAAACGAGCUGGUCCUGACAGUGACGGGGAUGAGGAAGGAGGUGAUGGACGAGUUCACAGCGAGCGCUCGGAAACGACCGUCCACGUCAACCAAGAGCGACUGA